CUGGGCGGGGCGGAGCUUGUUGCUGUUUGGGUUACUGCGCUCAGCUGUGAGGGGCAAUACAGGGAGACUGGGCUCCGAUCUGUGGUAUCUCAAGAUGAAAGCAAUCCCCAUGAAUGAUAAGUGAUGGAAGUCAGAUGUGGGGGGUUGAUCUUCAGCUCCAAGUUUGAUUCUGGGAACUUGGACCGGGUGGAGAAGACUGAGAGACCAGAAGGAGAUGGAGAUACUACCAAUGGCAGUGCUUGGGCCAAUCCAGGACUCGGGGGCGCCCUGACUGCUGUCGAUUAUGAGUUUAAUGUGUGGACCAAACCCGACUGCGCAAACUCGGAAUAUGAAAAUGGCAACAGAUCCUGGUUUUACUUCAGUGUGCGCGGAGGUGUCCCUGGGAAACUUAUUAAAAUUAACAUCAUGAACCUGAACAAACAGAGUAAACUUUACUCCCAGGGUAUGGCUCCAUUAGUCCGCACCGUCCCCAUCAGGUCUCGCUGGGAGCGUGUCCGUGAGCGACCUACAUUUCAGAUGGUGGAAAACCAGUUUAUUCUGUCCUUUGUUCACCGGUUCCUGGAUUGCCGUGGUGCCACAACCUACUUUGCGUUCUGCUUUCCCUUUUCAUAUGAAGAGAGUCAGGAGAUGCUGGCUGGGCUGGACGAUCGGUUUUCUGACUGCCGACGCAUGUCUCCGGGCAGCCUCCCAGAUUCCAUUUAUUACCACCGAGAGCUGCUGUGCCGCUCACUGGAUAACCAUCGAGUAGAUCUCCUUACCAUCACUUCGUGUCAUGGCAUGAUGGCAGAACGCGAACCCCGGCUGGACAAGCUCUUUCCCGAUAUGUCUUCUCCUCGACCAUACCGCUUUGCUGGGAAAAGGGUGUUCUUCCUGAGUAGCCGCGUUCACCCAGGUGAAACCCCCUCCAGCUUUGUGUUUAAUGGCUUCUUGGAAUUCAUCCUGCGGCAGGACGACCCCCGUGCUAUUAUGCUAAGACGCUUGUUUGUCUUCAAACUUAUCCCCAUGCUGAACCCAGACGGGGUGGUAAGGGGGCAUUACAGAACAGAUACCAGAGGGGUCAAUCUAAACCGCCAAUAUCUUAAUCCGGAAUUUGAUCUUCAUCCAUCAGUUUAUGGAGCAAAAUCUGUCUUGUCCUAUCACCAUAUUCAUAACAGAGUUUUCCCAAACAACCCUGACUGGAAGAACUCUGUCUCUCCAUUGGCCUCCAAUCCCACUCUUAAGCCAAAGACUUUGAAUCAUUCCUUACCAGAUUGCCCAUUACCCUUCCAGGACUCUUUGUCAGAUAUGGAGAAAUCCAACAACCUACUCAACAUUAUGGACAAAGAAGAUCAAUGUAUUACAUACUCUCAGGGCAAAAUACAACCACAGGGGACUACAGAAAUGGUUUCCAACAUGUCCUCUGAUGGUGAUGAUUUUAUCAGGGAAAAGGAAAGGUGGAUUUUGGGGCAGGAUGUGAAGCCGACCAUUGAGGAAGAUCAUUUGCUGCCUGCAGAUUCCGCACCUUUCAUUCCACCUCAGGAGAGUGGAAUCGCCUUCUAUGUGGACUUGCAUGGUCAUGCCUCCAAGCGUGGCUGCUUCAUGUACGGCAACUAUUUUUCAGAUGAGAAUGAUCAGGUAGAGAACAUGUUGUACCCCAAACUGAUCUCACUAAACUCUGCACACUUCGAUUUCAUGGCCUGCAACUUCUCUGAGAAGAAUAUGUAUGCCAAGGACAAGAGAGAUGGGCAGUCUAAGGAAGGGAGUGGGCGCGUUGCCGUACAUAAAACCACAGGGAUAAUUCACAGUUACACAUUGGAAUGCAACUAUAACACCGGCCGCAGUGUCAAUACCAUCCCUGUGGCAUGCCAUGACAAUGGACGCGCAAGUCCACCACCACCUCCAGCCUUUCCACCCAAGUACACUACUGAGAUAUUUGAGCAGGUGGGCAGGGCAGUGGCCAUUGCAGCCCUUGAUGUGUCUGAGAGCAAUCCGUGGCCCAGACUUACUAUGUCUGAGCACAACAGUCUGUCCAACCUCAGGGCUUGGAUGUUGAAGCAUGUACGCAACACCAAAGGUUUUAUCAGUGGGCUUUCCAAGAAAAAGGGCUCAAAGACCCCACCUAAAGCUUGCAGUCUGACUUCAACGUCAUUCUCAGAGAACAGUCUGAUCAGAGCGAGAACAUACAGCAAUGGCACCACCACCACUACCAGCAGUAGCAGCCAGCAGAACUCUCCCCAGAUGAAACCCUCGCCUAGCUUCAGCUUCCUCUGCGGCAGGACCGCCAACACAAGCCAGAGCCCACCCAAGGCCAGCCAUAGUGUUCUGGGCCCCGUGAGAGAAACACGAGCUCAGGAUAAAAGACGUCAGCAUCACCAGUCAUUACUACGUGCUGCAGUCCACAGCCCUACAAAAAACCAGCACCGUACCUGCAACUAUGCUCCCCAUAUCGCUCAUUCAUCAAGUCCUUUGGCUCCAAGAAUCUCAACGAAGCAGAAACCAUCGAACCCUGUACCGAUUACUCUCAGUAUGUCAGGAAGUGGAUUCAGCAAUUUGUCUCUAGCUAAUAAAACCAAGAGUUUAACUGAAGUCAAGAAGGGUUUUCGAGAAGAUGCCUCAAAGCAGCCUACAAGGACUGAGCACGGGGUAACCGUGUUACAGAAUUUACAGAAAAGAAGUAACAGCCAUAUGGACUCUGUCUACUCCAGGUCUGUAGAUAAUUUGGGUCUUCGUCCCAGCAGGAUCCCAGUACGAAGGAAAGGCCCCCUGCUUUCUCCGAGCCUGCUGCGUAUUUCAAAUGAGCAAGACUCCCCCAUUCUCAGAGUGUGGAAGUACAGCGCCGAGCCAACUAUGAAACUGUGCAAUCUCACAGACUUGGCUGGGGUCACCUCCAGCCUCAGCAUGUGUGCAGUGCCUCUUCUCCAAUCUAAUGAGAAGGAGUCUCUUUUUAUCUGUGAACCGACCAAAGAGAUCAAUGACCAGAGCUUUUCAACUGUCUCUUCAGAGGCUGCUCAGCUCUCCACAUAUCAGAGUGUCCUAGCGAUCAGUCAUGGUCCAGCCACUAACUCUGCCUCUCCAUUGUGCUAAUAUAUCAAGAGGCUGGUGGAGCCGACCUUUGGCAUCCUGAUGAUUUUACAGAUGGAGCAAACCUUUUGUAUAGAAUCCCCCCGUCCCCAAUUUUGUACAUGUUUGAUGCCCUUUAACACUUUGUGUGAUAUGGAGAGUUGUUUAAUUGCACUGUGUUGACUCCUGAACAUAUUUGCACUAGGUUUACUGACUGUCAAGGAGCGUAAAACACAAAUCAGCGAUUUUCUUCUGCCCGUUUCGGCACGAUGUAUUAACGCACAUUUUACUGAAAAACAAGAAUGUUUUCUGUAUCCAAGCUUUUUACUCCGUAUUUCACAUAAUUCAGAGUUUAUAGAACAUUAUUGGAAUUCUCUCUAAGCCUAGAAUAUUCUACCUUCCAAAUUCGUUUUUAAAACACUUUUUUUUUUUAUUGGUUUUUAAUCUAACUGGAUUUUUUUUUUAAUAAUCUGACUUUGGUAUGAAGCUAAUUUCUACAGUAUUUUAACACUUGGAUGUAUUGUGUACAGUUGAAUGGUCGUUGCGUGCUUUGUUACCAUUGGUAAAUGUCAUGUAUUUUAAUAAACACUCUUGUAUCUGUACAUUGAUUGGCCCAAUACAGCUUACU